AUGAAGGAGACAAUGCGAGCCAAUUCGGUGCGGGAUCGAGACACUUCUCACUCAACCUCUACUACCACUUCGGCGAAACACAACCACAAUGUGUCUUCAGAAAAUGGCGUUUCUGGUAAAGUCUCUGACAGAACUCCUCGAUCAAUGCCAUCGCCAUCAAAAUAUACUCCUUUCCCUACAGACAAAAAAGUAGAGACUAAAAUCAAUGGAGACGACAUGCACGUUAAUGGCACCAAAUUCCCCAUUGAAAAUGGACAGAAGCAUAUGUCCUCGCCAAUGCCUGAUCAUUUUGGGAUGAAUGGCUCAUACCUUAUUGGAGAACGGGCGGAGCCCAUAGGCCUUGAAGGUGUGGUAGAUCUUAACAAUACUGUGGAUACUACUGUACACGAAAAGGUUGCACCCGCUGUUGUUCAUGAACAUAUUUUGCCGACUUCACACGAAAUUAUAACGAAAGUAAUUCAUCGAGAAAUCCAUCAACAUCAUUGGUAUCAUCGAGUUCUUCCAGUUAUCGAUACCGAGGUCCUUCCAGCCAAACAUUACGUUUAUGGUGACGAUGGAGACACACUGGUUAGAAUACCAGAGUCGAUGGUACGGGGUCAUACCAUCACAGGAACCUAUACUAAAAACUGGUCCAUUGUACAUCACCACUCACAAGCUCCAGCUGAAGAUCCCUUCGACUCUCCACUGUUCGGAGUCGAACCAGAAUUACCAAACACAAAAUACACAACACAUUUUCAACCAGACUCGAAAGGUGGGCUUCAGUGGUCUCAUGUACCCGGUGAGCCCGUGAAAGUCAUGGAACGAGAGUACAUCACCGCAGAAGGCUUCCCCCGCAAGGAAACAUGGUGGAGGUAUCCACCUGUUAUGGCGACUGCUGCUCAGGAGGCCGGUCUAACAGUACCCAUGCAUUGGAAUCAUGUACCAGCUGGAAAAGAACAAACUGUUACAGAAGUAUCAGUAUCGACCCCUAAAAAGGAGAAGAAGAUUAAGGAACUCCGUGAUUUGGAACAUGCGCAGGCAGCUGAAUACAACAGCAUCGAUCACAUCGAUUCCAAUAUGCAAAAGCUUCGCGAGCAAAAACUUUAUGAUGGUCUUUCAGACUCGGAUUCUAAACAUGCCCGAGAGCUCAACGAUAUGCAAUCACGUUUAGUCCCAAGAAAACCAGUUGCAAAUCAGCAAACAUAUGAAAGACCACCAACUAGAGAUUCAGGAUAUGGUGGUUUGGAUGGUUCUCCUUCAUCUGCUGGAAGAGGACCAUCGCAUUAUAGAGAUACCUCAGGCUCGAGUAUAUCAAGUCUUCUAGGUAGAGUACGAGGCGAAGACGGAAUAAAGUCCACUCCUGUAGAUGGAGAAGCUACCAAAUACUUACAGAGAAUGAGAGAAAAGAGACGAAGCUCAGGUGCUUCUUCAGGCACUACCUCUAGGUCUUGGGGUAGAAGAAGUGAGGAUUUUCAAAGAGGUCCAAAUUUUACCUUGCCCGAGAGACCAAAAAAGCCUGAACAUCAUUUCGGUGCCCCGACGGCAUUAUGA